UUAGUACGACAUUGACAGUGCUUACAUCGCCUUAUCUGAGGUUUCGAGCUCUACGGGAGAGAAACACAGGGACGUUCGCGUGGAAGCGAGCUUGUGCAGUGACUAGAUUUUGUAAAUUUCUGGGGGAAAUUUUGUAACAGGCAUCGGUUCCUAAACCACAAUUGACUUUAGUGACUCUACACACACCGCUCAAAAUGCCGUCGCCGGCGUCACCCAGUAGAUGGCGAAAAAGUAGCUAACGUUGGUGAACCGGCGGGGUUGCUACGGCGCGAAAUGAAACAUGCAUGGCGUCCGUCUCGGCGACCGUAGUGUUGGUUUCGCUUCGCGAAAACGUUCCUGCAAGCGUUGUUCUAAUGGUACGCUUUUGACCUCACCGCCAAGCUCAGGCGUUCUCCUGUCUUAACGACGCCGUGAUACAGGUCCCCUGUUUUAAGGGAGCCUCCCCAUAACAUUGGUCUAUCAACAGAGUGGUCUCGAAAGACUGAAGCGUAGUAGCCAUUGGAGAUGGAUACAGGGACUGCUGUUGAGUUGGUCCUUCUGGAAACUCCUGCAAUUUGGCCACUAGGAUUCUAUGUCUGGCUGCCAAGUAUGCCCAUGAAGGAAGAGGCAAACACCGAGUACGUUGAUGGGUUUGGAGGGACUGCUGAUGGCCACUUUUUAAUUUCUGGAGUAAAAGCCGGGGAGGCCAACGACCAAGGUGGUUUUUGCAGAAGCACCGAUGGCUGCAACAACAUCUUGGGACACAUGGAGGAAGAAGCAAUAUACAGAGAAGGAUCGGAUUCCGAUCACAAAAGCAGAUUGCCAGAGAGUGAAGAGAACCACGGGAACAUUUCAAUAAAAGUUGAAGAGAACACCAUGGAAUCAGAUGUGGCAAGGUGUUCACAUACAGAGCAACUUCAGAGUCCGAUGUUUCAGGUCUCUUUUGGUGGUGACCAAGUGAUGAUAAAAUGCGAGGAGGAAUGCCUUGAGCACUCAUUUGACGCCGGCAAUCACUCGCGGCUGUUUCAUCCUUGGGCAGACGAGGAUCAGCAUUCCAGUCACUUCAACAACAUAAUGAAGGGCAUUAAAGAGGAACCGAGAGACGAGAAUGAACCUGUAGUUGAAGUGGAAGGUAGUCCAGCCGGAAAUCAAGAGAACGGCGAAAGCUACGCUGUAGUAAAAGUUAACGUCGAAGAAGAUAAACAGGUUUGUGGCCGGGACCAACUGCUGAUGCAUGUAAAAGAAGAACCUGCCAACCACCCUCACCCCAGCUGUGACAACUACAUGGAUCUGCUUGCUGAUGAAGCUAGCAGAGGCCCCGGUGCGUUCCCUGUGGCGUCCUCGUCCCCGUCACUGGAUGCACCAACCGGGUGUCCAAACUGGGUUCUGCUGAGCCACAACGAACUGGCCGAGGCCGUGACUCAGCAAGUCGGCGAGCGGCUAGACAAGGACGUGAAAGCGCUGCUCCUGCCUCUGGAAGCGAAGUGCAGUGACCUGAGGGCAGCGCUCAGACAGAACCGCCACAAAAUGGCCCAGCUGGGCAAGCAGCUUAGCGAUCUUACACCCAAGGAACACAGGAAGAAGAGCCAGGCACAGGACCCCUUAACUCGUGUGAAGGACACACCGGAAGAAGACUCGCACAUCUCAGCACCCGUCUCCAGGUUGGGGACGUCGCACAAUCCGGGCGGCAGAAAGAAACAUCGCCACAGGCACCACCGCACUUUGUGGAAUGAGCACCUUGUGGAACUCCAGAAGACUGUGGGAAAGUAUCUGCAGGAGAACCUCAAUGUGCAGCACGCCGGCAGUGCGGUGACCAGUGCAGUGACCAGAAUAGCGGACCACCAGGGCCAGCUGGACUCCAACGAAGCAGCGGAGGAUGGGUACCAGCACGAUCGUCUCGAAGUCCGCAGAGUGGCAGUUGCAGAGUGCCAGCGAAACCACGCUGAAGUGCACGGACCGACAGUGGCCAGGCCCCGAAGGAAACGGACGGUCGAAGUGUUGCAGCCUCGUUGCAGACAGGACAGUCCGGAGAACCGGAUCCCGUGCGAUGUCGAGCUCCCCCCUGGUAUUCCCUACAAUCCCGACAGCUUCUGGGAUGCCCCUUACUCCAUAUGGAUGGACUGAGGGAUGAGGCACCACUCGGCGUGAGCCAAACACGCUUUCUGGAGCAGCGUGGGAGCAGAGUUUGUGUCCAUCGUCUCACUGUGUCUCUUGGGACAAUUGGCUGCGAGUGUUAGCCCAAUUGUCACAACCGUUGUUUACUCCAAUGCUGUUGCGGCACCAAUUUUUGUUGGCAGAAAGCGUUUCCUUGCCACUUUUUUUUCUAAAAAAAGUAAAGGGAAUGCCAGCAACAUUUGGAAUGUUUAAGAGAAGGAAAGCUCUCUCCUGAUGGAUAGCAAUGCCUGCAUGGCAGCAAGCAUUGAUUGAAAAUUUAUCGACAGUGCACUAAGUUUAGUCCACAUGUGCAGAAGGUUGUGCCGCAAAAGAAUACUCAUUUACCAGCUUCGAGUGCUCAGACCACAGGACAGUCCGUUUUUCCUGACAUUUAUGAGCGACUUUUCCAUGUCAGCGGUCCAUUUUGCACCUGAACUCGCUAGAGCUGCAAGACAACCUUGAUUGUGAUGCCAUGGGUUAAGCAACCGCCAAGUACGAUCUCAAAGCAUGGAAGUGAGUGCAGCGAUAUGAUUUUGUGUACCUGCAACAUUCUAUGCCAGUUGCAGGCGAGGGUUUUGACUGUAGCCUUUGUCAUAUGUACUGUGCUCAUCAGUCCACGCCUGAAUACAAGGUAGUUCUUUGACCUCUA